UCAAGAGCUCAAGCUAGCUUAGCUUGCUUACUUGUCGCUUGCCCUAAGAUUUCGAAAGAAAAACUAAAACUCCAUUAACCACAUACAAUGAACCUAUCUUCCUUCUAUGAUUUCCUCUAUGCUUGCCUGUGUAUGUCCCUAUUUUAUCAACCAGCACACCCUCAGCAGGUAUACCUCAACAGCACACAGUCCUGCGAUGGUAGCCCCAUGUCAAAUGGGUACCUCUGUGAUUCCAGUGUCAUCAAGUCCUGCCAGUCCUUCGUCACGUUCAGAUCGCAGCCGCCCCAUGACACCGCCAUCAGCAUCGCCUCUCUCCUCGCCUCCGAAGCCUCAGAGAUUGCCUCAGUUAACAAGGUUUCAGGAAGUGACAAGAUUCCAAGCAACAGGUUGGUUGUAGUUCCAGUUUCUUGUUCAUGUUCGGGCAGUAUCUUCCAGCACUUCUCUACUUACACCGUGACAGAAGGCGAUACGUAUUAUAAGACGGCCGUCUACACUUUCCAAGGCCUGGCUACAUGUCAGUCUAUGAUAGGUCAGAACUAUUAUGAACCUGUAAAUAUUACGGUGGGAGCAGUGUUAACAGUUCUGGUGAGAUGCGCUUGCCCGAGCGAAAAGCAAACUGCAGAUGGGAUUACAUCCCUGCUGACAUAUAUAGUAGCCAUGAACGACACAAUUGCAAGAAUAGGAGAGAUAUUUGGGGUAAACAGUCAAAGUAUACUAGAGGCAAAUUUGUUGUCACGGGACAGCAUUAUCGACCCUAAUACAACUGUUCUUGUUCCCCUCAAAAGCAAGAAAUGCCCUACUUCUGAUGGGAAUUUCGUUGCAAAUGGGAGUAUCCUAGAAUAUGUCGAUUGUAUUCGCAACGGCAAAAAGUUUCCGGUGAAGUUGGUCACACUGCUAGGUAUUGGGAUUGGGUUUGCAUUCAUAUGCGUGUUCCUUUUAUGCUACUAUUUAUAUCAAUGCCUGAAGAGAAGGAGAACCAAAACCCGUAAGGAGAACUUUUUCAAGCAAAAUGGGGGCUUCUUGUUGCGAGAAAAAUUCUCAUUUUAUGGAAUUAGUAGCAAUGCAAAACUAUUUACUGCAGAGGAGUUAGAGAGAGCAACGGAUAACUACAACCAGAGCCGGUUUCUAGGGGAAGGAGGUUAUGGCACAGUUUAUAAAGGGAUGUUACCUGACGGAACCAUAGUAGCGGUUAAAAGGUCAAGGGCGAUGGACGAAAAUCAGAUUGAGCAAUUCAUCAAUGAAGUUGUCAUUCUAACUCAAAUCAAUCAUCGAAACAUCGUGAAAUUGCUUGGUUGUUGCUUGGAGACGGAGGUUCCAUUGCUAGUAUAUGAGUAUAUUUCUAACGGAACUCUCUCCCAUCAUAUCCUUCAGAAGAAAGACUCCACCGAAUCAUCACUUUCGUGGGAAUGCCGUUUAAGGAUCGCUUGUGAAGUUGCCGGAGCAAUAGCUUAUAUGCACUCAGCAGCUUCAAUCCCCAUCUAUCACAGAGACAUCAAGUCGUCUAACAUACUUCUAGACCACAACUACAGUGCUAAAGUAUCCGACUUUGGGACUUCCAAAUCAGUUCCCCUUGACAAAACUCACUUGACGACACAAGUACAGGGGACUUUCGGGUACAUGGAUCCCGAGUAUUUCCAAUCUUGUAAGUUCACAGACAGGAGUGAUACCUACAGCUUCGGAGUUACGCUCGUGGAGAUACUAACUGGACACACCCCAUAUUCUUUUGCAAAACAUGAAGGAGAAAACCUGGUUGCAUCGUUCAUUUCAUUGACGAGGGAAGAUGAACUCGUUCAGAUUAUGGAUCCUCAAGUGGCUAGAGAUGCAGAUGUUGAGCAAAUUCGCACGAUUGCAGAGCUUGCAAAACGGUGUUUGAGGCUGAAUGGGGCAAAGAGGCCUAGUAUGAAAGAGGUAUCAACAGAGUUGGAAGGAUUGAGGAACGCUCAAAGAUGCCAUGAAACGUUCCGAGAAGAUCCUAUAGAGCAAAACAUUGAUUUCCCCAUGGAAAUUGAAUCUGCAUCGCUUUGAACUUGAAACACAACUAUUUUAAUUUGCUUCCCUAGUUUUUUUGUAGUUCCAUUCAGUACGACGUAACCGGGAUUCAUAAGUUAAUAUUUCGUUGAAAUUUAGCAAAGUCGAAUGAAAUUUUUUAAAUUUCUGAA